GUCAAGACAUAGCUCACAAACACCACCGUCCAUCUGUAAUGAAACAGAUUCGGACUUCAUACCCGUACAAAAGGAAUACGGCGCAUUGUUUACAUCCAUCAUAGUGCUUGUAAUUCAUGGAUUGUAGGCUGGGGAGUACUGAGGUUUCAGCACAUGGAGUGUAAGCUGCCGAUAUUGAUUGGGACUUUCAUCGUCCUUGCGUCUGUGGGCCAAGGGGAUGAUGUCACGCUGUCACGUGUGAAGCGCGUUAUUGGCGGUGAGACCCUGAGCAGGGACCAGUCACCGUGGCUGGUGUGGCUCCACGGGAAGAUAGUCACGCAGCGACUGUUCGGCUUCCUGCCGCUCCAUCACCGGCACGUGUACUGCGGUGGCUCGCUGCUCAACAGCCAGUGGAUCCUGACGGCCGCGCACUGCUUUGACGGCGGGGUGGAUGCACGUGACGUGGACUCAUGGGAGGUCCUCAUGGCCGCCAACGACAACAAGGUGGUGUUGGCUGACCGGUUCAUGGACUUCCUGGGCAGGACAUUGGGUCGGAGUGACUGGUUGCUAUGGGAGAUGGGCGUCAGCCGCAUAAUACUGCAUCCGGGAUACACAGGAAACGACCACUGGUAUCAAGAUAUCGCUCUGGUUCGCCUAGCGUCCACUGUCAACCCGGGGCCAGAUGGACCCCAGGUGGCACCCGUGCAACUCCCGGCACCACGUGAUUCAUCAUUUCCGGCCCUUGGUGACCGAUGUCAAAUCAUGGGAUGGGGAUGCACUUCAGCAGGUGGUGGUAUUUCCCGGUACGCCCAGUCCAUUGAGCUGCCCAUCCUCGAGGACCGGAUGUGCGAGUCCUUUUACCGGACCCGCUCCAUGUACGGCCGCCUGUGUGCAGGCUUCAAGUCAGACACAUCCGCAAAAGGGAUAUGUCCGGGUGACUCCGGCGGGCCGCUCAUGUGCCGCACGUUUACGGGGGAGACCGUGCAGGUCGGAAUCGCAAGCUUCACGAGCCGGGACAGCCCGGAGCGGUUCCCGGCAGUCUUCACACGAGUAUCUGACUACGUGGACUGGAUACGCCUCUAUACGCGUAUCUGACCUUGCUAGAUGUAAAAUUUAUACUGUAUUAUGUUACGUGUUCGUGUACAUUUGAGUUUUAAACUCUAAAGCAAAUGAAAGUUGCGAAACAUU